GAAGCUAGCGGUUGUUGUUCGGAAACAAAACGUCAAUACUUUUUGUUGGAUUGUUGUCACAUCAUCGCUAACCGUACAAAGAUAACCUUAGCGAUGCUCUACCUACUUUAGUGUUUGAAUAGUCGUGCUUUGCUUAUUGCACACAUACGAGGAAGUAGCCAUUGUUUUUAUGCUCAAGUUAUCAUGAACAGAACCAAGCUGAAGAUACCAAAGGUGGCAACAGGAGGGCAGAGACACAUCUCUGCCUUCUUUACUUCUCCAAACAAGACUUUGCCCCCUAAGUCACCACUAACCAGCUCUGUGCUCUGUAACACUGACAUGCAAGCCAAAGAUGAGGGUGUCUUCACUACCAGAUCUUACUCCCCUUUAAAGAGGACCAUCCUCAGGGAUCUUCAGAACCUUAUUCCCUCCACACCAGACCUCCUAUUGGUUCCUGAGACCCCAAGUAGUCAGAUUACACCUUCAUCUCCAAGAGGAGGCCACAAGGACCUGAGCCCUGAACCCAGGAGUGAAGAAUCAACUAUGGGGAAACCUGUCCAGGGAUCCCCCGUCUGUCAAAGUUCUCACUGUAAUGGACUGAGUGUCAUGACUGAGAGGCAAAGAGAUUCAUUGAAAAGACUCUUGAGCCCUUCUGAGGACCUCCAUGAUGCGAAGAGACAAAGAACCGCUAAUACACCUUCACUCAGCCACGAGAAAGACAGAGACAAAAAUGUGUCUGUUUUUACCGCCAUAACGGAGCAGAAGGGGACAGAAAGCAGCAUUGUAGCAGCCUAUGUGCACAUGCCUGACGAUGACGCUAUCAGUUCUGCAGCACAGAAGCAUGUAGUAGACAGAAUGCUUGAGUCGGUGGCGAAAGAAGCUCCAAAAACAGUCGGGGACGAGCAUGAAAUGAAAAAAACAUCGGAUGAGAAGCAAGGUGGAGGUGAAGCAGGGACCACGUCAGCAUUUCCUUUGGAAGACAGGUUGGAUGAGAGUUGGUUCACAGAGCAGAUGGGGCUGAGUGAAAGUCUUCUGUCUAAAGAAAAACUUCGUAAGUUACCUGAUUAUGUGAUUCUCUGCGGAGGUCCCAACAACCGCUACUGGGUUUUAAAUGUGGAGGAGAGUCCUGGUCAAAAACUCCUGACCAUAACACGUUUCAGAUCUCUGCAUCCCACCGAGACAUGUCUUAUGAAAGAUGGAUGGGAGAUGACGCCCAUCAGUUGCGGCGAUGUGGUCCAUCUGGAGGGCCGCUCUGAUUCUGGAUGCUGGCUGGUGGACAGAGAACAAGGCCUGCUAGUUUUACAUCCUGAUAGUCUUGUUUCAGGCACCAGCAUCUCCAGCUCUAUACGUUGUAUGAGGAGGGCAGUGUUGGGAGAGAUAUUUAAGAGUUUUGACGGCGGCUCCAAGCAGAUGUUGAACGGCACUAUCGUCCACCAAGUGUUCCAGACAGCAGCCACAGCUAAAGACUUCUCUCUGGACACUUUGUCCAAAAUGGCUGAUGAGGCUCUGCACAGUCCCCAGCACCUCGGAGACAUGUACAGUUUGGGUGUAACUCAGGACGAGAUGAAGCAGGAGCUAUAUGAUUAUCUGCCCUCAAUGGAGCAUUGGGCAAAGGAAUACCUCAGCUCACCAUCGCCAAAACCCAUCAGCCUCAAAAUAUCAAAUAACAGUGGGGCUGCAGGCAGGUUGCAGGAUUCUGCCACUGCUACCAUGACAGAGCUGGCCGACAUCGAAGAGAAUGUGUGGUCACCACGAUUCGGUUUGAAAGGGAAGAUUGAUCUGACGGCACGGGUUCGAAUCCAAAGAGCAAGAAAUGUCAGCUCCAAAUCCUCUGAAAUGAAGACCAUUCCCUUGGAGCUGAAAACUGGAAGGGAGUCCAACUCGAUAGAACAUCGCAGUCAGGUGAUUCUAUACACCUUGAUGACGUUGGAGAGAUACAAUCCUCCAGCUGGGUUUCUGCUUUACCUGAAGACUGGAAACCUGCAUCCUGUUGUGGCCAGCCACAUGGACCACAGAGAGUUGCUGAAGCUGCGGAACACCAUGAUUCAUUAUGUACACAACCGCGUGCAGAAAGGAGUGGAGGGAAGUCACCUUACUAGACUUCCAGACAUCGUGACGGACAAAAAGACGUGCCAGUAUUGCCCUCAAAGGAGAAACUGCGCACUAUAUGAAAGGGUGUUGGAAGGCGCCUCCACAGACCUCAGUGAUGACUUUCUGCAGCAGGAGACAAGUCACUUAAGUGCCACACAUUUAAAUUAUUUCGCCCACUGGUUGCUGCUGUGUAGUCUCGAAGCCGUAAGCAUGGAGGCUAAGAAUGGCCGGAAGCGGGUGUGGCUCCAGACACCCGAGGAGAGCGAGAAGAACGGGAGUUGUGUCGGGAACCUUCAGCUAAGUGGCCAUGUGAGCAUCCAGUCGGAGGGAGUUUUCCUUCAUCGUUUCCGGCAAACUAACAAGGCGUGCAGUACAAGCAGCUGCGGCCUUGCCAGUGGGGAUCGUGUUGUUCUCAGUGACCAGGGAGGUCGUUUUGUCGCUCUGGCAACCGGCUAUCUGUGUGACGUCAGCGCGACAUUCAUCACUUGUACUCUGGACAGAGAUGUGUCAAAGCUCAGCAGUGAGGUGUUUCGUCUUGAUGCAGAUGAAGGAGUUGUGGGCUUCAGCACUCACCUCACCAAUAUCUCCAGACUGAUGGAGAGCAGCCAAGACAGUAAUCGCCUGAGGGAGUUGGUUGUAGAUCAUCGUCCUCCGGAGUUUAUUUCCAAUCUCAGUUCAGUUCUGCCCAGAGAGGCAAAGGACACCGUGGCAAACAUACUCACAGGUCUGAACAAGCCCCAGAAGCAGGCCAUGAAGAAAGUGUUGUUAUCUAAAGACUACACACUGAUAGUUGGCAUGCCGGGCACGGGCAAAACCACCACCAUCUGCACCCUGGUUCGCAUUCUUCACGCAUGUGGUUUCAGUGUGUUGCUGACCAGCUACACACACUCUGCGGUGGACAACAUCCUGUUGAAGCUCAAACGCUUCAAAGUUGGCUUCCUGCGUCUCGGGCAAGGACAAAAGGUCCAUCCAGACAUCCUUCCGUAUACAGAGGAAAGUAUCCGGAAGAAAGGAGUUCAUACACUGUCAGAACUUGAGCGGCUUUACAGCAAAGAGCUGGUCGUGGGGACCACCUGCAUGGGCAUCAGGCAUCCGAUUUUCUCACGACGGCGAUUUGAUUUCUGCAUCGUGGAUGAAGCGUCUCAAAUCAGCCAGCCCAUCUGUCUGGGCCCUCUGUUCUACGCCAACAGAUUCGUCCUGGUGGGAGACCACCAACAGCUGCCCCCUAUUGUGCAAAACCAGGAAGCAAGGUCACUAGGGAUGGAUGAGAGUCUGUUUAAGCGACUGGAGCGUCACAAUGAAGCUGUGGUCCAUCUCAAUGUCCAGUAUCGCAUGAACAGGCAGAUCAUGUCUCUCAGCAACUGUUUGAUGUACGACGGACGCUUGGAGUGCGGCUCCGAGAGGACGGCUACGGCCCUCCUCUCUCUGCCCACGCUGCCGUCUGUUCAGUCGGCGCUCGAUUCCCUCUCUGGGACACAACCCCAGCAGGAUCUGGCGUGGAUACAAACCACGCUGUUACCUAGCAGCCCAGUUUGCUUCUUGGAUUGCUCAAUGGUGCCAGCUUUGGAGUCAGUGGUACUAGGAGGCAUAAGCAAUCGCACCGAGGCCAUCGUCAUCCACCUUUUGCUGUCUCUCUUGUUAAAGGCGGGCUGUAAGGCCAGCGAUAUAGGCGUCAUCGCCCCCUACAGGCAACAACUGAAGACUAUCUCAUCACUGCUGCAGUCGUCCGCUUUCAGCAGCGUGGAGGUGAACACGGUGGACAGAUACCAAGGGCGGGACAAGAGCGUCAUCUUGCUCUCUUUUGUCAGGAGCACGACAGAAGAAGAAAAUCUAGGAGAGCUGUUGAAGGACUGGCGCCGCCUGAAUGUCGCCAUCACCAGGGCCAAACACAAACUGCUGAUGGUGGGCUCCGCCUCCACGCUCAGACGAUACGCCCCUGUGGAGAAACUACUCAAUCAUCUGGAGCAGGAGAAGAUGAUUAUUCAGCUACCUCCAUCCGGCCACAAAGCCGUACCCAUGAUGCUGCUGUGACGGGAGCAAUCCAGAUGUCUUUACAGUACCUCACAUCCUCAAUGACAUAUUUUUGCAUUUCUUCAGUCAAUUGGACACUGAUUUAGCUGUUAUAUUUAUUAUCGCUUCCAUUAUGAAAUACUAUUUCUAACUAAAUUACCUCCAUAGUAAUGUAAUUUUUUUAUCUGUAAAAAAAACUUUUCAAACUGACAAAGAUGAGUUUGAAGCAGAGCCUUAAUGGUAGUUGACGUCGGUGUGUUGCGUCUUAGUCAGUGGAUCAGCUGCUGAAAGACAUACUUGAAUACAUUUGAGGGGAGACGCUUACAAACGCGGUCAUGCUAAAGUACCUACAAAAGACAAAGUGCUUUGUGGUGUACAGUAUAGGAUAUACAGUAUAUCAUAUGAUUUAAUUGAAGAUUAAUGUCAAACACUGCAAGUUAACAGCCUCCUGUUGUGACAAUAUUCAAUCUGAGUCUUGGAUAUUAUGAUGCCAGUAAACGGGUAGGGCAAUAAGAAGUCACAGUUAGGCAAAACAUCCAAUCUAAUGGUGAGAAACUAAGCUGACUUUGAUUCUUUGGAUUAAAUGUGAUUCUACCAAUGUAUUUAUAAACUUGUGAUUUUUACUUUUUCUUGUUUUGUCAUUUUAUGUCUUGCAUUUUUAUUUUUAUAUGUGUGACCUUCCUUACUAAUAAAACUUGGGAUGAAUAUGUGAACUUCUCUCACACCUCUGUGCGAUUAUUUCA